GUUUUAAAAUUAAAUUUCUAAUAAAAUGUGCAAUUGUUUUGAUUUUAAUUAUAGGUUAUUUAAUUUAGUAAAAUGAUGUAGGAAUAAUUAAAACGUGAAACAGUUAUUUAUUUUAAUUUAAUUGGCAUGUACGUGACGAAAAACAAAAAACUAAAUGUACUAAAAAGUAAGAGAUAUAAGAUACAAUCUUGCUUGAUUUAAGAAUGGAUCUGCAAAUUGAAAAGUGCGAUAAUGUUUUAACAAAUAAUGACUUUCACCAGUACACGCUUUUUGAUGUCACAGUUGAUCCAGGUCUGAAAGACGAUGAUGGAAAUGAAUUACCAAGACCUUUUAACAAAAAUCAAAUGAGAAAAUGGUUAAAAAAAGUUAGAUGGGAGAAACACAAAUUUGAAAAGCGUAGUAAGGAAAAGGCAAGAGCAAAAGAGAGAAAAAGGGAAGCUCGUGCAGCAAAUAUAGAUUUAGGUCCAAAUAGGAAGAUGUUGAAGAAAAUGAAGUUAGAGAAAAAUAAAAGUCUUAUAGGAGUGAUAUUAGAUUUAAGUUUUGAUCAUUUAAUGAGCGAAAAGGAUAGGUAUAAAGUCAUAAAACAACUUCUCAGAUGUUAUUCAAUUAAUAGAAGAUCAGAUUCUCCACUUCAGUUUCAUGUAACUAGUUUUGGAGAAAAAACAAAAGUUGAUAUUUCUCGACACAAUGGUUAUGAGAACUGGGAUAUUGAAUACCAUGAAAAGUCAUACAUAGAUAUUUUUCCUAAGGAAAAGUUGGUUUACCUUACAAGUGAAUCAGACAAUGUUAUUGAAAAGUUUGAGGAAGAUAAUUUAUACAUCAUUGGGGGCUUAGUUGACCAUAAUCAGCAUAAGGGACUUUGUUAUAAGAUAGCAGUUGAACAAGGUAUCAGACAUGCUCAGUUACCACUUGCCAAAUAUGUGAACAUGAAGACAAGGAAAGUUUUAACAAUUGAUCAUGUUUUUGAAAUUAUAUUACGGGUGUCUGAAGGAAAACAGUGGGACAAUGCUCUUCUGAAAGUUUUACCAUUGAGAAAGGGGGCACAUCUUUACCGUAGUAGUUCUGCAUCAAGCUUAGAACAAACUGGCCAAUGUGAUGACAAUAGCCUGUAAGACUAUUAAUUCUUGUAAGGACAAGUUAAGCAAACUAAUAAAUCCAAUGACUUUUAAAACAA